CCAGAGACCUAGGGACGCGCGCUGGGAGAGAGCCAACAAGAAACCCGCGGACCGGACAGCGAUACCGGCGAGCCGCACCGAACUGUUCCAGCUGCUGGCCUUCCGUAGCCGCUGCACCAGGACAUUACUCUAAAGCUCUCCAAGGCGCCCCCUCCCCUUGGCUCCUCCCUUUGAACCAGAAAAAGAAAAAGAGAGGAAAAAAGAAAGGAAGGAUACUAGAAAGGAAAGCCAGAUUUGCCACCACAACAAAAGGGGGGAGGGAAAAAAAUCGAGAGACUGUGGGGUUGAAACGCAAGCCGCGGGAGCGUGGGCCGAGCGAUGCGGGGCUGCGCGCCCAAGCGGCCGCGAGUUGUGACUGAAGCCAGGAUGCGCGGCCAGGCACGGUGAAGAGCCAGAUCACAUUGCCUUCCCGAAAGAGUCCAGGCGCGGGGAGGGCCGCUGCGAGGACACGGAAGGCCGCCUGGCAGGCCAACGGCCGAGGUGACAGGGCUGGGGCGGUGGGGAGCGAGCGAGUGCGCCCGGCUGCGUCCGCCCGAAGUUGUCCCUUUUCAUUUUUGACUGGCAAAAACACUCUCCAAAGGGGGGUGGGGACCUAAGCAUCAACUACAAUCAACAAAUCUACCCAACCUGCCCUCUCUCCCAUCCCUUGGUCUGCCCUCGACCCCUUCCCAGGCCCAGCGCGGUCGCCCAGACUGUCCCGACUCUCUGCAAGAAGCCGACAACGUAGGAUCCAAAGCGUUCUACUCCUGUGUUCUUUUCUUUCCGUGUUUUUUUUUUUUAAGGGAAAAACCCGGUGGUGGGCGGUCUGGCACGCACACACAACCUGCCUUCAUACUUCGAGAAAAGCAGAUGCACUUUGACUUCUGACAGCUCUACCUCAAGCCGGAGAGAACCCAGCGUCGCUUUCUUGAAUCCCGAGCUCUUGCUGUCUUUCUUUUAACCGGUUUCAAUUUUAUUUAUUUCCGUCCCGCCCCCUUUCUCGGUGACCUUCACUCCUUCUCCGGCUUUGGGCAGAAGAGCCGCUUUCUUGUCCGCUGGAGACUGAUUUUCCUCGCCCGGUGAGCUGAGGUGGCGCUGCUCCAGCCCCGCGGCCCUGGGAUUCCCGGGCUGCCCCCUACCAGCCUGGUCUCUCCCCUUUUGAUUUGCUGGUGCGGUUUUUUUUGCUUGCCCGACUUGAGCGGGUUUUUUCUUUUUGGAGGCGCUGGGAAGCUCAGGCUGGUUGUCUUCAGGAGUCAUCUCCUCGAUUCUAUUUGCCCCAUCGAUCGGAGCCUCACCGGACCAAACCAAAGACCAUGGUGCACUGUGCGGGCUGCAAAAGGCCCAUCCUGGACCGUUUCCUCUUGAACGUGCUGGACAGGGCCUGGCACGUCAAGUGCGUCCAGUGCUGUGAAUGUAAAUGCAACCUGACCGAGAAGUGCUUCUCCCGGGAAGGCAAGCUCUACUGUAAAAACGACUUCUUCCGAUGUUUCGGUACCAAAUGUGCGGGGUGUGCGCAGGGCAUAUCUCCAAGCGAUCUGGUGCGGAGAGCGCGAAGCAAAGUCUUUCACCUCAACUGCUUCACGUGCAUGAUGUGUAACAAGCAGCUUUCCACCGGCGAGGAGCUCUACAUCAUCGACGAGAACAAGUUCGUUUGUAAAGAGGAUUACCUGAGUAACAGCAGUGUCGCCAAAGAGAACAGCCUCCACUCUGCCACCACAGGUAGUGACCCUAGUUUAUCUCCAGAUUCCCAAGACCCAUCGCAGGACGAUGCCAAGGACUCGGAAAGUGCCAACGUGUCAGACAAGGAAGGUGGGAGCAAUGAAAAUGAUGACCAGAACCUAGGUGCCAAGCGCAGAGGACCCCGAACCACCAUCAAAGCCAAGCAGUUGGAGACGUUGAAGGCAGCCUUUGCAGCUACACCCAAGCCUACACGCCAUAUCCGUGAGCAACUGGCCCAGGAGACUGGCCUCAACAUGCGGGUCAUCCAGGUCUGGUUCCAGAAUCGACGUUCCAAGGAGCGGAGGAUGAAACAGCUGAGCGCGCUGGGCGCGCGGCGCCACGCCUUUUUCCGCAGUCCCCGCCGGAUGCGGCCACUGGUGGACCGCCUGGAGCCCGGCGAACUCAUCCCCAACGGCCCCUUCUCCUUUUACGGAGAUUACCAGAGCGAGUACUAUGGUCCCGGGGGCAACUACGACUUCUUCCCGCAAGGACCGCCGUCCUCGCAGGCCCAGACGCCAGUGGACCUACCCUUUGUGCCAUCAUCUGGGCCUUCGGGGACGCCGCUGGGAGGUCUGGACCACCCGCUGCCUGGCCACCACCCUUCCAGCGAGGCACAGCGAUUCACCGACAUCUUGGCACAUCCCCCAGGGGACUCGCCCAGUCCUGAGCCCAGCCUGCCCGGGCCUCUCCACUCCAUGUCAGCGGAGGUCUUCGGACCCAGUCCACCCUUCUCAUCUCUGUCCGUCAAUGGCGGGGCCAGCUACGGGAACCACCUGUCCCAUCCUCCUGAAAUGAACGAGGCAGCCGUGUGGUAGCGGGGCCUCGUAUGGGCCACGGGAUCUCGUGGUUGUACAGAGACUACAGAGACGAACUUUUAUUUAAGAAAAAAAAAUAGGAAAAAAAAACAUAUAAAAAGCAAGCCUCCUGCUCCUCUUCCUCCAGCCUCGGGGACCAUUCUCACUAUGGGGGAGACUGGACGGCAAAGGGGGUCCAAAAUAGGAUCCAAAUCCGCCUCACGGUAGAGCUGGGAUAUCCACACACUGGCUGGCAAAACGCAGAACUGGGGCUCCUGAAGGGGAAUUCUCAGCUAUCCUCAACCUUCAACCUGAGUCUGGAUCCGUGGACAGACUCCACCGGCAGCGGCUCCUCUGGCUAGCUGGAAGACGACUUUGACAGCUGCAGCCUUGAACAGUCCUGGGCAAUGCCGGGAGCCUGGGGAGGGAAACCUAGAGGCCCGCUCAGCCGGGUGAGGGAGGAAAAGCUGUCGGGUCUUUCCAGUCAAGAGGGUCCUAGUUCUGGGAGAUCUUAGUGUUGUCUCAGAGUUCAGCGACGACAACAAACUCUUAAUAGCUUCAGAAACACCGACCUGCUGUGCAUCAGGUGGGACUAUAUAUAUUUUUUGUCUAUCUGGGUUUUUGAUUUUUGUUUUUGCCAAAAUUUCAAAAUUUUAAUGUAAAGCUCUCAAUUCUUCUACCUUCACAAAUCUCUCUCUCUCUCUCUCUCUCUCUCUCUCUCUCUCUCUCUCUCUCUCUCCACACACAACACACACACACACACACACAAAACACACACACACACCCGUCUCUCCACAGAAUGGUCUCCAGCCACACCUCUCAGUAAAAUGACUUGAACAUCACCUCUACAAAAAAAGUACUCUACCUUCACAUGAAAGUUUAAAAAAAAAAAGAGAGACUAUUGAACUAAAAAACAGUCAACUGUUUACGUAUAAUGUUAAAUUCAGGAGUUCAGUGUUUUACUAAUAUAUCCUGUUUUGAAACCUCUUGUUCAAAAACAAAAUGUUUUGAACAAUCAACCAAAAUUGUUCUUUUUCUUUUCCUGUAGAUGUUCUGACAGAUUUGCAGGGCUUGCGGCUCACUGUGCUAGUAUGUAAAAAGGUGUUGUUUACACGAGGCAAAGGAAAAACAUGAUAUUCCAGACAGUUGCCAAAUAGAAUAAAUUAUAGCACAAAUACUGUAAUGGUGCCUGGCACCAGCAACUUGAGAAAGUGUUAAAAAAAAGUGUUACAAGGUUUAAAAAAACAUCUUUGCUAAUUUUUAGUCCUGUUGAACAUUCAUGAAAUUGUUAAUAUGACUUAUAUAGACCCACACAGGUUUUAUUUUUGUGUCUUUAAAAUAAAAGUCCAAAAUAUUUAAAUUUUAUGGUCAAAUAUGCAGUCAGCAGCUGCUACUUGUUCCUUUAUAUAUUAAAUUUCUCAUAUGUCUUUUAUUGUUCUAUAAACCUAAGCUUGUGUGACCUCCAGUGCAUAUUAGACCAUUCACUGUAUGAAAGAAAACAUGUUGAAUAAAUUUGUGAGUUUUUAAUAAAAAUAGAAAACCUGAU